CCAGUGAGAGCUAAACCUUAACCUAUCUUAUACAUAAAAUGAUGUGUUCUCCUUUUGUGCUUGGGUAUGUUUUUGAUUUGUUAUAUCCUAUUAUCCAGAUUAUAUUUAUCAGUUAUUGACUUGUGGGGAAAUAAAAUCAAUAAAAAUAUAAUCUUAUGUGUCAGCAUCAUCAUCAACUACUGUGACUGUGUGAGGGGAAGUUGAAUCGCUGGCAGACUGUAGUGUCAGGCAGUGAAGUCGUCAUAAAGAGAGCUAUUAUCCGCACAUCACCUGAACGCACCACUGCUGCAGGUGGCUCAGGGCGUGGCUUCAUCUCUCGCGGACAGGUCAACGUGUGCGCAUGUGCGAGACAGAAAAGUGCGUUUCAGAAUGAUUACUGGUGUCUGUCCAGUCAGUGCAGAUAGAGAUUAUACGGCUCCACACAACUGUCGUUUUAAUCCCCUGGCCAAGGAGAUUUAGCAUAGAGAGAAAAAACAUUGGGUUUUAAAUCCAGUAGCCAUAUUGUAUGGAAAAACCACGGAGGAGCUCCUCUUGUCAGAAAACUUCGUCUUCCCAGACGCCUUUGUCAAGUUUUGUGGAGUUUGAUUUUCAGUUUUACUGAAGGUUGGUUGGUGUCGUAGCAGCUAGCCCACCAGCUGGCUGAGGAAUUCAAAGACUGGGACUAGUUUUGAACCACUUACACAACAUUUCCCUUCUGUCGCUUUGGUGUAAAAGGUGCUAAACUAACCGACUGAAAGAUGAAGGACCGAUUGGAGCAACUCAGAGCGACGUGUGAUCAAGAUGACGACGAGGUGGAGAUUGCGAUGGACAAUGCAGCCUUCAUGGAUGAGUUCUUCUCUCAGAUUGAAGACAUUAGGAACAGUAUUGACAAAAUUGAUGACAAUGUGGCUGAAGUCAAAAAGCUCUACUCGGUCAUUCUGUCUGCUCCUACAUCAGAUCAGAAAACACAGGAUGACCUGGAGGCAAUCACCAACGACAUUAAAAAGAUGGCCAACAAUGCAAGAAACAAACUGAAGACCAUUGAGAGGAAUCUGGAGUCGGAGGAGCAGGAGAGGGUGUCUGCUGACUUGCGGAUACGUAAAUCACAGCAUGCAGUACUGUCCAGGAAGUUUGUGGAAGUUAUGACAAAGUACAAUGAAGCUCAGGUGGACUUUAGGGAGAGGAGUAAAGGUCGUAUACAGAGACAGCUAGAGAUCACUGGAAAAGCAACAACUGAUGAAGAACUGGAGGAGAUGCUGGAGAGUGGCAAUGCUGCCGUCUUCACAGCAGGGAUUGUGGACUCUGGGAUCUCCAAACAAGCCCUGAGUGAGAUUGAAUCCAGGCACAAAGACAUUGUCCGUCUGGAAAGUAGCAUCAAGGAGCUGCACGAUAUGUUUGUAGACAUUGCCAUGCUGGUGGAGAGCCAGGGCGACAUAGUAGACAACAUAGAGCAGAAUGUAUCCAAGUCGGUGGACCACAUAGUAGUCGCUCAGGAACAGACCAAAAAAGCUGUAAGGUACCAGACCAAAGCACGAAAGAAAAUGAUCAUAAUAGUGGUGGUUGUGCUGGUGUUGCUGGGAUUACUUGCUCUCAUUAUCGGGUUGUCAGUGGGACUGAAGUAAAGCUGAUGAGCUUUCUGAGUAAGACCAGACUCAACGAAGAUGACGAUCAUUGGUGCUGUCUGUGCUGUGGUUCCUUACCAUCUCAUCUCAUCUCAUCUCAUCUCAUCUCAUCGUCAUCCACUCACUUGUAGUGGGAUUUCUUCGUCAUCUCUGUCAUCCAGUCCUUCAUUAUCACCCCGUCCGUCCCUCCAUCAGCUGACUGACCAAAAAAGAGUUUGAUUCUUCAGAGGGACGUUGUCACAUUUCACCCCCAGAUGCAUAAAUCGUCAGCUCGUCAGUAGAGGAAGACUUUUUUUGUUACAGUUGAGGAACUGGAAAAUUAGAAAAUCUAUGAAUUACUUUUACCAAUCCCUCCCCUCACCAUCGUUCCUGGUCUGUGUGGGUUUGUUGGAUUCCCUCAGGCACCGUGGACAGUUUGAGAAUACUCUACUGUAAAUGAGGACAUGAGACUGAGGCUACAAGAAACUGUAUUGCGUGUGCAGGGGGUGAAAAGGGAAGUGAAUCGAUCAUGGUUCCACACGUGUCACCAAACAUUUCGUUGUUCAGCAUUUGUUGCCAAAGAAUUAGCCUUUAAGUGUUUGUCAUAUAAAGUACCUUAUUUUAUUGUCCAGUAGAUAUCAGUGAGACGCCGGUGAAGCCUUGUAGAAGCACAUGACCUCACCUUCAUUGCCUUUCCUUCAUGAGCCUUGAAACAUUUAUGAUUUUAAAAAAAAAGGAAGCUAGCUACUGUAUUCUCACUGUAACUGGGUUUUGUUAGUUCAGAGUAGGUCGGAGGAGCACUUUUCACAUUUCAGAAUACGACUUAUGUCUGUAAUUAAGCUCAGAUGAUUAUGUAAAUAAUAGAAAUAUUAUAUUUGUGUUAUGAAUGUUUAGAAUUGAAUGUGACUCAGUUCUUCAACAUAAAGAGGACCGGUGUGCCCACUGCCCACUCAUGAUUCUUCUAUGUUAUAAGCACUCUGGUUUGAGUUUUGUGAGGGAAACCGCCCAUGGCAACACCUUUCAUUAAAGGGUGGGACUACAAUGAGCAAACAAGCAUGAAGAACUGGGGAAUUAACAUGCAUUUCUUGUUUUUUAAACAACAUUUUGUCUAUAAAGACACAAGUGUCUCCUGUUAAAAUUCAAGUUAUAUUGCCACACGAUGUAAAGAUACUGCUAGUAACUUGGAUUGUUUUGCCAGAAGAGCCAAAUUAGUGAAUGUAUUUAUUGCACCUGUUGAUGGAAGUGUUGCUAAUAAAGUCACACCUAGAGAAGGAAGUGGAAACUUUAG